GUUCCCCACUGACGAGUGAGCCGUUAUUUUCCUCGGGAAUGCAAGAUCCAUUUUCGACAAAUUACCAGUCUAUAUCAGACAUGGAUCGGGCAGAGACGGCUGGAACUGUGCCGGGGAAGAAAUUCUUUGUCCACUUGGCAGGAAAAACUAACGGGGCUCAUCAAGAGUUUGUUGGCAAACUGAAAGGCAUUGGCAAAAGACAGGUUGACUCUCCUGGAGAAAGUGACUUCAUCGUGGUUUUCUGUCCCGUCGUUUCACGAGUUGGAACAGACGUCGGCGAGGCCCUGAACGGCAUUCAAGAUGGUAAACCAGUGAUUCUGGUGGUGAUGCAUCACACCUUCGAUCCUGAACAAGUUGUGGCUGAAAGCAGGAGACAGGUGGCCAACCCGAACGUCUUACUCACUGUGGAUUGUCUGUUCCAUGAGCACAGCCUCCUGAACUGUAACCUCAAUGAUGACGCUUGGUUGAAGGUCGAGGCAUUGCUUGGAUUCAGUUCAUUGGUUCCUACACGGAUAAGAAAACUCUGGACCAUAAGAGUGUUGCUGUUCGUGUUUCUGUUGGUGGUGAUCGUGGUCAUCAUUAUCAUCACAGUCGUCAUUGUUGAAACGAACAAUGAGAAGACAGAUAUGCAGAACCACACAUUAAGCAAGUUGCUGGAUGAGAAAAAGAUGGAAGUAAAGAGUCAACUUUAAAAAAAUAACAUUGAAAUUUAAAUCCAACUUAUAACCCAAAACUGCCAAUAGUUGAAAAGUAUCUUAAGUUUUACCUAAAACAGUAUUGACAUGCUCAGAUGAACAUUGAAAGGGUUUUGGGGGGCUGUAAUUGUUCCUCUAGUCCGAACUGGCCUAAAAUAAAUCCUUCCUCAAAGGGUUUUAAUGUUAGUGAUGGAGGACAAAACUGUUUCCUGAGAGUUUAAAACGUGGUUAAGACCAAAGUUUCUUCACAACCCCAAUAGUUGUGUGGCAUGUUCAUGUUUAAAUGUGUGUGUAGUAGACAAAACAUCCCUGUAAAAUAUUGAAUGCUUCUGCUUUGUGCUGUUAAAGAUAUUAAGAUUUUAUUUUGUUCCUUCAUAAAAGAUGAAUAAAAAUGUAUCCAUCAAAGUGAUUAUAUCAUAUUUACGUUGAUGUCUCUGUACAUUUGUCAAUUCUCUGAUAUUGAUUCCUAUCAAAAAAAAGUAAAGGUAUUGUUAUAACUAUUAGAAAUAUAAGUUUAAGCUCCUUUUUGGCUCACAUCUUGGCUCACACAUGUUUUUUCAAGUGUGCAAAACCCUCCAAUAAAUUCUCACUUUAAAGUUU